UAGUAUUUACGGUAAAUUCGGCAUGACUUGAAGGCGACAUAAAGCUCCAGCCUGUGUCCCUCCAUCAUCCUUGCCGGUGCGACGAGACAACGGCUGCCCGGGAUGAAUGCGCUGAAUUCCCCUUUGCACAAGGACGACGCAUAUAGUGUGGGGAGGGGGCGGUGUGGCGCAAGGUGAACUCUAUAAAUACCCAGGACUGCAUCGGAAAAUGCUUUUUAUAUUGAGCUUAUCAAGCGCGCCUGCCGCCUCAUCGGCAGGUCGUGUCCCGUUUUGAAGAUCUCAUUGCUGUAAACGUCUUACACAUUUCUAGGUAUCCUGUGCUACAAAAAUAUACCUCACAUAUACAUUUAGAGAUAUAUCUGUAUCUGUAUCUGUAACUGUACCAAGAUUGGACCAAAUGUGUGCGCGCAUGUAAUCUAACCUUCAUUCGAAAAAAAAAUCUGCCGGACAAUGGAGACAGAAAAUUGGUUCAUGUAGCAUAUCACUGCCGAUCCGAAUUUCAGAAGGAGGUGAAUUCAGGGCCAGUGUUAUUUUCCCGGGGCACCUUGGCUGCCCGUGUGUCAUCUCACUGUGAAGGAGGGAUGUAGUCUGCCAUCCCGGCAGCCCAGCAGUCACAGCAGUCGGUCGUUCCAGACGCAGUCCCAGCUCCACCAUGGCUCUCAACAUCCCAGGAGUGGCAGUGAUGGUGCUUUUCUACUUGCUGGUCCUCGGAACCGGCAUCUGGGCUUCCUUCAAGUCCAAAAGGGAGGCCAAGAAGGGCCAUGGAGAUAAAACGGAGAUGGCCCUGCUGGGUAACCGGGGAAUCAACUUUGUGGUGGGAAUCUUCACCAUGACUGCUACAUGGGUUGGCGGAGGCUUCAUCGUGGGCACAGCGGAGGCAGUGUACAACCCUUCCAUGGGACUAAUCUGGGCUGUCAUGCCAAUAACAGCAACCCUGUGCUUCAUCGUCGGCGGCCUGUUCUUUGCCAAGCCGAUGAGAGACAGAAAAUAUGUGACCAUGAUGGACCCUUUCCAGAUCAAGUAUGGAAAAGUACCAACGGCUGCCCUGUCACUGGCCACACUUGUGUCAGAGAUUAUGUGGGUGACGGGAACACUUAUAGGAUUAGGUGUUACCAUGAGUGUGAUCCUGGAUUUGUCCUACACUGUAAGCAUCUGGAUCUCUGCUGCAGUGGCCAUUAUCUACACACUGCUGGGAGGUCUCUACUCUGUGGCCUACACAGACAUCAUACAGCUCAUUCUCAUUUUUCUGAGCUUGUGGCUGUGUGUCCCCUUUGCUAUGAUGUGCCCGGCCUCUUUGGACAUCACCAAGACGGCUUUCAACUACACCUUUCAGCCUCCCUGGGUCGGUACACUGGAGGCAGACAGAGCCUGGAAGUGGAUUGAUAAUUUUUUACUGCUGGGCCUGGGGAACCUGGGUCUUCAGAACUUCCACCAGAGGACCCUAUCUGCCUCGUCCUCAUCCACAGCCAAGGUCAUUUGCUUUGCUGCUGCUUUCAUUGUUCCCACCUUAGGAAUCCCUCCCAUUCUCCUUGGGGCGGUGGCUGCAUCAACAGACUGGAACCUGACCUCUUAUGGUUCUCCUGCUCCAUUUGAACGUGGCGAGACGGGUCUAGUCCUGCCCAUCGUCCUGCAGCACCUCACCCCACCCUUCAUUUCGAUCAUUGGUAUCGGAGCCGUGGCUGCUGCUGUGAUGUCUUCAACUGACUCUGCCUUGCUGUCUGCAGCCUCCAUCUUCACCUCCAACAUCUACAAGAGCAUCCUGAGGACCCAGGCAUCAGAGAGGGAGAUCCAGUGGGUGAUCCGUGUCUCUGUGGUGGUUGUGGGCCUUGCUGGUACAUCGCUCACCUUCCUGGACAACAGUGUCCUGAUGAUCUGGAUGCUGCGAUCAGAUCUCACCUACACCCUCAUGCUCCCACAGUUGGUCUGCGUCCUCUUCUUCAACAUCUCCAACGGUUAUGGGGCUAUUAUGGGCUGCAUUGUUGGGAUGUUGUUGAGAGUGCUGAGUGGGGAACCAUUACUUGGGUUGCCAGCAAUCCUCAAAUUCCCAGGAUGCACUCUUGUAAACGGUGUUUACAUCCAGCGUUCUCCCAUCAGGACCAUCUGCAUGCUCUCUGCUGUGGUGGCCAUUUUGUUUUUCUCCUACCUGGCUUCUCUACUUUUCAACAAGGGCUUGGUUCCUGAGAAAUGGGACGUGUUUGAAGUGAAAAUCCGGCAGUCGCCGCAAACACAAGGUGGGAGCAAAACUGACAUGGUCGACAAGAACUUAAUGCAUAAUGAGAACGAUGAAGUGUCUGAACCAAUGUUAGAAUCAACAUGUUAGGUAUGAGUGAAGAAUAAUGUGUAAAUAAGAAAUCUUAUUUGAAAUACAUUUUUAUGUAUUUUUUAAUCUGUAUGGACUAGUUUGAGAACAAAUAUAUGCAAUAUUUGAAAGAUACUAAGAUACUAAGUAUCUUCUGUUUUAUUUUUUUUUUGUAUACUUUUACAAUGGAGAACAAAGCUAAUUGAAACACAGUUUCACAGCUCUGCUCUCCAUGUUUUGAGCUCAGUGUUUUCUCUGUAAUUAUAUGUAGCAGUGUUGUUUAAGGGUAAGUAACUUUGAUUUCAUAGCCAUCCAUGCUUUUGUCCAAUUUAUAGUUCUAGUGCAGACUGCGAUGCAAAAAUCUGUUUCUCUGGAUGGUUUAACUUUAUUAAAAAAACGCACCUACUUUUUAUUGUUUAAGAGGGACAUUUGGUUAAAUAAUACAUGAAAUCUCCAUUUUCUCGAACAGCUGUGGUAGUGUUCUUGCUGUGCUGCGCUUCUGCUGAAUGAAUACAGAGAACACGUCGGCAGAGAAACUUAAACAAUCCAGUGAUGGGCUCUUGUAUGUGGAGAAUGCCAACUGAUCAAAUUAUGUUAUACUCAGGGCUGGGGAAAAACAGAUUACAGUAGCAAAGAUGCUACAGUAAUCUGAAAUAUGCAACUAUAAUAAUUUAAGUAAAGAAAAAUCCAUCCUACCUCUCACCAUCGGCAUUUCCCCCCCUCACACUUGCAUACAACCAUUUUAAGGUUAGAGAUAUACGUGUAGUUCCAUGUCAGGGUGCUAUGGCUUGAACCCUUGAACUCCUCACUACUAGUUGCUCACCAAUCUAGAAUUUAAAUGGUGCUUUUUGUAGCAUUGCAACAUCAAUAAAUCUAUACCACUUUAAUUUGGAGACAUUUUCAGUUACCAUAAACAAACAAGACCACCCAGCCUCUAUACUGCCUUUUACAUUGUGCGGCAUUGAGUUUGAUUUGGUGUGAAAUCUGCUGGUUUGCCUUUGGCACAAAACAGUAGGGGAUGUCCCUUUUCCAGAGCAAACAAAACAAAAGUUUUCAGAUUGUCUGGCAACAGAAGGAGUGAAUGCAACCAUGGGAAAUGUGGUCUUAAUUUUGAGAAACAGCAGCACUAACAAUGGGUGUGAGACAGAGGCUUCCAAUCACUUUGACUAUGGUUUGAUUUGUUUAUGGUUUACAUUGUACUGCCAAACAAGCUCACACAAUGGUGACGAAGCCCUUCAUAAAACUCCCUGCAUUACUGCGACAUUGCAAAGCUGGUGUCUGUGGUGACAUUCCCCUGUGCUGGUGCACAGCUGACCCUCAGUAUCACAUUGUCACGAUUCCUUGUCUUCACAUGUGACAGUUAAUACUUAAAUUGUGUAACUGAAAGUGGAACAUGGAUAUUUACUUCAUCUGAUGAUUCCAUAACUUUCUCAAAGUUGUUGUUUUUUCGUUUUUUUGGUGAAGAUUCAAAGGUAUUUCCGUUUGACCCAGAAGUGUGUUUAAUUAACUGCCACAAGAGGGAGACAAAUCAUACAGAAGUGGAAAAAAAAGUUCCAUACUGAUGUAUGAAAUGCUACACAUAGCAUCUUUAAGAGUAUUCUGCUGUAUAAGUGACUGUGGAUAAUGGUAUCAGCUAAAUGCUAAAAUGUAAAUGUAAUUACAGUUGUAUCAAGCCCUUUGUCAGUGUUUUAAGUGUGCAUGCUUAGCAUUCUUACUGCUUUGAGAAUAUACCGAUUGUAGAGGACAAAACCUGA